CGACUGCUGAAGAUUCGCUGAUCUUUUCCCCAUGCAGUAUCUGACGCUAUUCCUGUUGGUGGGCCUUGGCCUUGCCUCGGCUUACACAAGCGAUUUCGACGAUGGCCUUUCAAUUGAUAGGUUUGAAAAUGUGGAUCUAACUCCUUACCAAGCUGGAGGAUGGAUUUCGGAACAGAUGAGACAGACUUUGGAAAAGAUGGUAGAAGGCUUCGAAAAGGCCCUCGAAGAAGGAAGAACAAUCAGCGAAAGAGCCUUCAGGAAGGCAGAAGAGCUCUACCAUAAACUUUUGGACUGGGGAAUUGAUAUCGGUGAAAAGAUCAAGGAGGCCCUUGAAAGGAUUGGCAAGGAUUUUGAAAACAAUGAACUCGACCAAGCAGACAAUCUUUUGCGUGCUGGAGAUUGGAUCACAGACAGAAUGAGGGAGACUUUCGAAAAAAUGGUGGAAGGCUUCGAAAAGGCAAUCGAAGAAGGAAAAACCAUCAGUGAAAGAGCUUUCAGGAAGGCUGAAGAACUCUACCAUAAACUUUUGGAUUGGGGAGUAGAUGUUGGUGAGAAAAUAAGGGAGGCCUUUGAAAGGAUUGCGAAGGAUUUCGACAAAAAUAGAGCUGCCGACCUUGAAAAUCCAAUGCAAGCAGAACAACGUGGCCCAAUGAUCGACAGAUUAAAGGAAGCUUUUGAAAACGUUGUGAACAAGAUGAAGGAAGCCUUCGAGAGUGGAAGUGGUGUCAGAGGAGAUCUUAUGAAAAAGGCUGAAGAUAUUUAUGAGAAGUUAAAGAACCUUAAAGUUGAAAUUAGUGAUAAAAUCAGGAGCAUUUUUGAAGAUCUGAAGAGUAAGAUGGGCAGGAACAGUGUACAACAUGGUAAAGUGGCCGACAGACUGAAAGAGGCUUUCGAAAACAUUGUGAACAAAAUAAAGGAGAGAUUCGACAGCGGAAAUGGAGUCAGUGGAGACCUCAUGAAAAAGGCUGAAGACAUCUAUGAGAAGUUAAAAAAUCUUAAAGUUGAAAUAAGUGAAAAGAUCAGGAGCAUUUUUGAAGAUCUCAAGAGCAAGAUAGGCAGGAACAGUGUACAACAUGGUAAAGUGUUCGACAGACUGAAAGAAGCUUUCGAAAACAUUGUGAACAGGAUCAAGGAAAAAUUCGACAGCGGAAAGGGAGUCGAUGGAGGCCUCAUGAAGAAGGCUGAAGACAUCUUUGAGAAGUUGAAAAACUUGAGAGGUGGAAAAAUUAGCGAAAAAAUUAAGAGCAUCUUCGAAGAUCUGAGGAGCAAGAUGGGCAGGAGCGGUCCAACAUCUCUUGAUGCCGACAUUUCCAACAUCUUUGACGUCUUCAGGAGACUGAAACAAUUGAUCAAAGAAAAACUGGAUUCCGAGAAACUUAAAGAAAAAGUGGAAGAAUUGUUUGGAAAGGGAAGUGAAGUAGCAGAGCAGAUCAUUGAAAUGCUGAAAACCAAGGGCGAAAAAGCCAAGCAGAAGAUCCUGGACUGGAUUGACCGCAUCCUCCCCGACAAAGAGGAGCGAUCCAUCUCCGAAGUGUACGACAAACUCCGAGAAUUCUUCAAGGAUCUCCAACUCGACCUCAAGGAGAGGUUCACCAAGUUCGGUGAGUGGGUCAAGGAACAGUACGAGAAAGGGCUUGAGAAGGGGAAGACCAGAGCUGAGAACAUCAAGAAGAUUGCUAAAGAGUUCAUCGAAGACACCAAAGUCAUUGGAAAAGACAUGGCAGAGGAAGCCUUGGGAUUCUUCAGAGAAUACAAGAAGGACUUGGGCAAACUCUACGACAACGUCGUGGAGAAGAUUGGAAAGAUCUUGAAAAGCUAAAAGUGCACAACUAAGAAAUGAACUGUUAUAUUUGACCACUUAAUUACUAUUAUUGCAGAAUAAAUAAUUUAUUUUCACUUUA